UGACCUCAGGCGUCUGUACUCUAAAGCCCUCCUGGUCCAGGAUGCACAGGGGACAGGGUUAUGGGGUGGGAGUUCCACAUCUUCCUUGGAAUGAAAGACUCAGACUUGGGGAAAUGUACUAGGGCCAUGUAGAGGGAUGGGUGUGGGGAGUGAGAUCCUGUUCCUCGGAUGGGGACUGUGUUGCUCAAAAGAACCACAAAGGCUUUCUUUUAUUUCCCCUCCUGUCUGGAAAGUGGUUUUCCGUUGUUAAUGACUCUUCCUCCAGUGAUGAUUCUGUCAAAUUUUAAGAACAAAUGUACCUAUCUAAUGGAAGAAAAAACACAAAUCAAGACAUUUUUGGGUUCCAAGUUGCCAAAAUAUGGAACAAAAUCUGUAAGAAGUACACUGCAGCCAAUGCCAAAUGGGACACCUGUUAAUUUAUUGGGAACUUCCAAGAGUAGCAACAUCAGAAGUUACAUCAAAAAUAAUGGCUCUGAUUGUCCACCCUCCCAUUCAUUUAAUUGGAGAACUGCCAAUAAAUACCAACUUAGUGCACAAAAUGCUGAAGCGCUCAGCAGUCCUCAGAGUUCACAUAAUAAAGUAAUUGAUCCUGAAAAACAUGCACCUACUCAAGGAAUGUUUGAUAAAAAUGGGAUAAAGGGAGGUUUGAAAAAUGUUUCUUUACUCACAUCAAAACUAGUAAAGCCAUCCACUAUGUUCAUGUCAUCUGCAGAGGAGUUAAACCAAAAGUCUUUAUCUGGAUCAGCUAAUUUGGGCAAAUUCACCAAAGGCAACUUAUUAGGAAGGACUUCAUAUUCUUCAGUCAGUGCUCCAAAAUCACAAUUGAAUGGAUUUUAUGGAAACCGGUCAGCUGGCAGCAUACAGAGACCUCGAGCAAACUCCUUUGUCACUAGAAGCAGUUCUGGAGAAAGCUUAGCACAAUCCCUAGACAAUAUGAAAUCUAUUACUUGUGAAAAAAUGGUAAGGUCACAAAGUUUUUCACAUUCCAUUCAGAAUUCAUUCCUCCCACCUUCAUCUAUAACUAGAUCACAUUCCUUCAACAGAGCUGUAGAUCUUACAAAGCCUUAUCAGAACCAGCAGCUACCUAUUAGAGUGCCUCUAAGGUCAAGUAUGCUAACAAGGAAUUCCCGGCAAUCAGAAGUACUCAAUGGGAAUGAGCAUUUAACCUAUGGAUUUAGUAGGCCUUAUGCUGCUGGUGGAAAGAAGUUGGCUUUAUCAAAUGGUCCUGCUGUACCUUCAUCUUUGGGUUAUAGGAUGGUUCAUUCCUCUCUACUGAAAUCUAAUCGAUCUCCAUUUUCUGGGACAAUUACUGUUGAUGGUAACAAAAAUUCACCUGCUGACACCUGUGUAGAGGAAGAUGCUGCACUUUUGGCUAAGGACAAUGCUACUGAUAAGGACCAAGAACCAAAUGAAAAUGAUAGUUAUAGAACAGUAAAUGACCAGACCAUGAAGCAUGAUGCUAAAAUUAAAUACCUGAGUGAUGAUGUGGAUGAUAUUUCCUUGUCUUCUUUGUCAUCUUCUGAUAAGAAUGAUUUAAGUGAAGACUUCAGUGAUGAUUUUAUAGAUAUAGAAGACUCCAACAGAACUAGAAUAACUCCAGAGGAAAUUUCUCUCAAAGAAGAAAAGCAUGAAAAUAUACCACCAAAGGAUAUAUUUGAUUCCCCCAAGGAAAAUGAAAAAUCCUUAAGUAAAACCGAUGAGUGGAUAGAUAUAAGUGUCUCUGACGGGAGUGAAUGUACAAAGCGUGCUUCUGGGAAUAACUUGAUUUCGCCAGACACAGAUUAUAGAGCUGGCUCUUCAUUUGAGCUCUCUCCAUCUGAUAGCUCUGAUGGAACAUACAUGUGGGAUGAAGAGGGCUUAGAGCCCAUUGGAAACGUCCACCCUGUGGGGAGCUAUGAGUCCUCUGAAAUGAACAGCAUAGAUAUUCUGAAUAAUCUUGAAUCAUGUGACCUUGAAGAUGAUGAUCUUAUGCUUGAUGUGGAUCUGCCUGAGGAUACACCUCUUGAAAAUGUGGAGUGUGACAAUAUGAACCGCUUUGACCGACCAGACAGAAAUGUUCGGCAAUCUCAAGAAGGAUUUUGGAAAAGACCACCCCAGAGAUGGGGUGGACAGGAACAUUACCAUCUCAGCCAUCCUGACCACUAUCAUCACUACGGAAAAAGUGACUUGAGCAGAGGCUCUCCUUAUAGAGAAUCUCCUUUGGGUCAUUUUGAAAGCUAUGGAGGGACGCCAUUUUUCCAGGCUCAGAAGAUGUUUAUAGAUGUGCCAGAAAACACAGUGAUGCUGGAUGAGAUGACCCUCCGGCACAUGGUCCAGGAUUGUACUGCUGUAAAAACUCAGUUACUCAAACUGAAACGUCUGCUGCAUCAGCAUGAUGGAAGUGGUUCACUCCAUGAUGUCCAACUAUCAUUGCCAUCCAGUCCAGAACCAGAAGAUGUUGAUCAAAUAUAUAAGAAUGAAGAUUUAUUAAAUGAAAUAAAACAACUUAAAGAAGAAAUAAAGAAAAAAGAUGAAAAAAUUCAACUAUUAGAACAUCAACUUGCAAGUCGGUGUAACUGCCACCAAAAAUCUAAAGAGGAAAAAUGCACAUAUGCUGAUAAAUAUACCCAAACACCCUGGAGAAGAAUUCCUCCUCAAGUACUACAGCCUUCCAGCAGCCUUCCCAGACCCACAGACCACGCCCAGGGAAAACUAAUAAAGCCGCAACAUACAGAGGCCUGCAGUGAAUACACAGUCCAGAGCAAUCUUCAGGGUGUUGCACAUCUGGAUAAAAGCUUUACGCACAGCUUGCAACAAGAAAGCAACUGUGGUCUGGAAGACCGGCCUUUUUCAUCAAGCCUGGAAUUUGCUAAGGAUGUAACUAAGAGUACACCUUCUGAAGCAAACUUGAACAUGACCACGGAUGCUCAAGAGCCUUAUCAUUUGGUGAAUAAUCAAAUUAGUGACAUUCAAUUGGUACCCACUUCUCUUCAGUCACUUCCCCAGUCAAGUACAGUAGACCAGGCUAAGAGAGUUGGAAGAAAUCUAUCUUCACCUGAAGGCUACACGUCUCAGCCUAAGCCCUCGCAGCUUUUUAAGCCACCCAUCUUGAAUUCUUUGGUACCUCCUCCAGUUUCUGAAUCAUCUCCAAGUAGGACUCCCACUUGUAAGAAGUCACCAUUAAUCACACCAUGUAAUUCAGCAAAACUUCAACCAGCAUCCAGUCAAACAAAUCUUGCAAAUAAUACAAAUCCGAAAGCAUCUAAGCUCCGUCCGCCUUCUGGCUUUUUCAAGCAGAAACAAAUUAGCAACCCCCUAGUUGAGCCUCAAAACUUCCAGGCCAAGACAAGUAUCCCAAGGCCACUACUAAGAAGAAAAGAAAUCAUGCAGAGUCAGAAUGGCAAUUUGAAUUCUGGGGAUUGUUUGGCUUCUAAUCGGUAUUCUCGUCUUCCUAAACCAAAGAUACAUUAAGUACUUAGCCAUCACCUGCCAAUUUGUUCUGUUUUGUUUUUUUAAAAAAAUCUGUUCUGUGAUAGCUUUAUGUGCAGUAUGCUAUACUACCCAUAAUGGAGGUUCCAUUGAAAGUCUGCAAAUCUUAAAAUUAAACGGUGGAAACUUCUA